AUGUGGCUAGACCGCUUAACUGCUGGUGCUGCAACACCCAGUGCCUCUCGUGAAUCGCUUGCUCCGACGAGACCAUAUUCUCCCUCACCACGCAAGAAUUCCCAGCUUGCUCCGACGCAAAGGACGCUCUCAGGGCUGGGACUAUCUGCUACGAGAUCCUCGACCUCCCUCGACUUGAGUGCGAACACUUCUACCGCAUCGCUUGUAACUCCAGCGAGACAGCCCAAUGGAUCCUCCCUUAAAUUCGAACAGAGACCUCCGCCCAACGUCCCAGAUCCCGUGAAAGUAAUAAAAAGUAUACUGGAAACCUCGAGGCAUGGCACGGCACCGACCGAUGGGCCUAGGAAGCGAGAGGGAGAGACGAGCAAAGAAAUUGACUUUGGGGGACUGAGUCUUCAAGAGUUCGUGGCCCAAGAUAUACCGCUGCGAUCCGCUGGCGACAGCUCGGCUGUCGCACUAUCAGCAAAAGAGAACAGGCAGAAAUUUGAAGAAUUUCACAAGUCCAUUGCAGAAUGCGACCAGAUUCUUACCAACGUCGAAUCUUACCUGACCAAUUUUAAGGCCGAACUUGGCCAGGUUUCUGCGGAAAUUGAGAACUUACAGGCCCGUUCUACGCAGCUCAACGCCAAACUUGACAAUCGUCGUAACGUCGAGAAGCUCCUCGGCCCUGCGGUGGAAGAAAUCAGCCUUUCUCCGUUCACCGUAAAGUCCAUCGCGGAGGGUCCUAUGGAUGAAGCCUUUGUCAAAGCGCUGAAGGAAGUGGAAGCAAGGUCACUCAUAAUAGAAGCCAAAGAGGACAAGCCGGAGCAGGUCAAAGCGUUGCAGGACCUGAAGCCUCUUCUCGAAGACCUCAAAGCCAAGGCUAUUGAGCGCAUACGUGACUACAUCGUGGCUCAGAUCAAGGCGCUUCGUUCACCCAACAUCAAUGCGCAAGUAAUCCAACAGCAGACUUUUCUGAGAUAUAAAGACCUUUACGCUUUUCUGGCUCGAAAUCACCCAGCCUUGGCCGAGGAAAUUGGGCAAGCCUACGUCAACACCAUGCGGUGGUAUUACAGCAGUCACUUUUCGCGCUACCAGCAAGCUCUCGAUGCUCUCCAAAUUCACGCCUUUGACCAACAUGACUUGCUCGGAGCAGAGCCGGUCCCGGCAAGACGGAACGUCCUGGGUGCAUCGAAACCUGCUCCGCCACCGCAUGAUGCGUACAGCCUGGGAAGAAGGGAGGAUCUGCUCAAGUCCAAGAACGACACAGCUCUGCCUGCCUACCUUGUGGAAGAAAGCAAGUCGGCACACUACCUCGAAGUUCCCUUUCGGAAUUUCAACCAAGCACUCAUAGACAAUGUCUCUGCCGAAUAUUCCGUCAUCACCGAACUGUUUUCCACCAGUACGUAUCAUCAAAUCUCACGUCGGGUGGUGGAGAUCUUCGAGCCCACCUUUGCAAUCGGCCACAAUCUGACCAAGUCCCUGGUUGAAAACACGAACGAUUGCCUGGGCGUCUUACUCUGCGUCCGCCUGAACCAGCACUUCGCGUUCGAGUUGCAGCGGCGCAAAGUCCCGGUGGCGGAUUCAUAUAUCAACUACACAAAUAUUCUCCUGUGGCCGCGCUUUCAGAUCGUCAUGGAUGCGCAUUGCGAAUCGUUGAAGAAAAUCCCCGCCCCGACGACCAGCAGUCGCGGCGCUGCAGCCGCCUUCUCCCUUGUCGGCGGAGGAUCGUCCGAUGCCUCAAGGGCCUCGGUCGCACCGCACGCCAUCACACAGCGCUUCGGCCAAUUCCUGCAAGGGAUCCUCUUGCUCAGCUCCGAGGCUGGCGACGACGAGCCCGUCUCCCACAGCCUGGCGAGGCUGCGGACCGAGUACGAGUCUCUGAUGGGCAAACUCGCCAAGGGGGCCGGCGACGCGAGUAAAAGGGCUAAGUUCCUGUAUAACAACUAUAGUCUGGUGUUGACCAUCAUUAGCGACACGAGAGGCAAGCUGGCGGAGGAACACAAGGAGCAUUUUGGCAGUCUGGUUCGGGAGAUGAAGAAGUAG